AUGAUAUGGACGGCUUUCGCCGUCGCCAACAUGGCGUUAUCCAGUCUAUCUACCGGUAUGACAAUGAUAAGUAUGCGACGUACCUGGGACUUACAAGUAUCAAGUGUCCGAUGGCUUUUCUUUUAUUUCUUCUUGUACCUCUGGAUCUGGAGUAGCACACGCGUGUUGUAUCUGCUUUGGGUCAGUGUUUACCCUAUUAAAACAUCCCUGUCCGACUCUUCUUCAUCUUCUUUCAAUGAAGCUGAAGUGGUUUAUGAUCGAUACAGUAAACUUGGCAUUUACACUAUCUUGCAACUAGAAGAGACACAUGAUGCCUUUGCGACGAGUUUAUUGUGUUUUGGAGAUGCUGCUCUUUUUGCUGUAGCGCUGUGGAUGUUCCCGUUAACGUUUGAACUCUCGAAUAUUGCAGCUAAAUCCAUGGACAGAGGUGCCGAGAAGGAGAAGAAACAAAUCAGGUUUUACGCUUGGACAGGGCAUGGCUUUAUGCUGGUUUUUGCAGCGGUCGAGACGACCCUUGCGAUUGCGUACCAAGGCUACACGCAGUACACUCAACGAUGUCUACUGGGGGUGUAUUUUGUGCAGUUUUUUAGCUUCUUGUACAUGAUUUGGCUGAUUGCCCGGCUCAAAAUUGGAGGCAGGAAGUAUGAAAAUGUACAGGGACAGUUUGUCACGUCUCCAGUGUACCAGAGACUCAAGCGAAUUAUGAUUGUCUAUGCGUUGUUCUCACUGCAGUUUCAAUUGGCUUCCGUUGUCAUGUACGCCUUCACAGAUGAUGAAGAAAAGCUACUGGACUUUAUCAGCGUUAGCUUGCUCAUCUAUCAUCUCUCGGGCAUGGCGCUUGCGGUAACUACCAUGUGUAGCCAAGCGUGCGUGCUCAACAUGUUUCGACCAUGUCUACCUGAUCAUAUUGAAGCUCAAGUGCAGACAAGGUUUAUGCAGGGAGGUGAUCUUUUAUCUCCGAGAGAUACACAGGUGCUAAUAGAGUCAGCAGAGCCACCUCUAGUCAAUCCAGUGUUCGUCUUUACCGACAUUGAGUCAUCCAGUGCCCUCUGGGCAAUAGGCGACGGCCUAGUGAUGCAACGAGCAACAGAAAUCCACGAUAAUAUUCUCCGCGCAUCUUUGAUGAAGUAUCGAGGAUACGAAAUUACGACGGCAGGGGACGCCUUUCAGCUUGCGUUUCACACUGUUCGUGAAGCUGUAGAGUAUUGUCUAGAUGUUCAGCUCCAGCUGCUAGUCGCAAACUGGCCCAAGGAGCUCCAUGGGAUGCUGCCAGUGACAAGAAGACAACGUGUAGGCCACCGUCUCAUUUUCGGAGGUCUGCGCAUACGCAUGGGUAUUCACGACGCAGUGGAUGCCGAUGGUGCUUUGAUCCUAGAUGUGCACGCCGUGACGGGCAAGAUGAUUUACACUGGUGCAUCCGAAGUCAUCGCAAACGAGAUUGGUGACUUGGGUGAUGGUGGGCAAAUUCUAGUGACCAAGCGUGUAGCUGACUGGCUUGUAAUGUACGAAGAUUUAGUGGCGAUCGACUUUAUCGUUGAUAGAGUGGGCGAGUACUCGAUCCCGCAAAUCAAGGCGAAGCUGGAGGUAUACCAGGUGUUACCUGAGGUGCUUAGCGGCCGUAAGAAGAUGUUCUCCUCGACGCUCAGGAAGCGACGUGCCACCACGGCCUCGUCACUGUACUCGAUCGCGUCGAGCAACCGUUCGCGCCUUUCGAGCAACGGUGGACCGAUUCCAAUUCCAAUUCCAGAACAGCGACGAAGAAUGUCGCGACCGCAGCCGUUGUUGCCACCUCCGGACCUCGAACCAGUACAAGGCGGACUCAGUCGCUUUGGUCGUGUACAGCGAUCGUUUUUGCGCAUUGAGCACGGCUCGUUCUACACCCGUGCCACCAGCAUGUAG